AGGCGGCGAGUGGGUGGCGGUUCUCUAGACGGGGGCACGUGAUAGGAGACGCUGGGGCUGUCCGGAGUGCUUUGGCGGGUGGGGUGUGUGGUGAGACCAUGAAACAAAAGUGGUUGCUGUGUGCAGCUUUGCUGUUAGCUGGAGCCUCCGCUGUCCUGGCACAUGAAGCGGAUGAUCAUGACCAUGACGACGACGUAAUAGAUAUUGAAGAUGACCUUGAAGAUGGUGUUGAAGAGAUAGAGGAUGUGAAGCAUGAAGCCAGCACUCCUCCUCCACUCCCAAAGGUUACCUAUACAGCCCCAGUCCCAACAGGAGAAGUUUAUUUCGCUGAAAACUUUGAUAAAGGAACUUUAGAUGGGUGGGUUCUUUCGAAAGCUAAGAAGGAUGAUACAGAUGAUGAGAUUGCUAAAUAUGAUGGCAAGUGGGAAGUACAGGAAAUGAAGGAUACCAAACUUCCAGGGGAUAAAGGGCUUGUUCUGGUUUCACGAGCUAAGCAUCAUGCAGUCUCUGCCAAACUUACUAAGCCCUUUGUCUUUGAUACCAAGCCCCUCAUUGUACAGUAUGAAGUCAAUUUCCAAAGUGGAAUCGAGUGUGGUGGUGCAUAUGUGAAGCUGCUUACCAAAGGUCAUGAACUGAACCUGGAUCAAUUCCAUGACAAGACUCCCUAUACAAUCAUGUUUGGUCCAGACAAAUGUGGGGAAGACUACAAAUUGCACUUCAUCUUCCGGCACAAGAGUCCCAAGACUGGCAAGUAUGAGGAGAAGCAUGCCAAGCGUCCUGAUGCGGAUUUGAAGAACUACUUUACUGAUAAGAAGACUCAUCUGUAUACACUGGUUUUGAACCCAGACAACAGCUUUGAAGUCCUGGUUGAUCAGACCGUUGUCAACAGUGGGAAUCUGCUUUCUGAUAUGACCCCUGCUGUGAAUCCUCCACGUGAGAUAGAGGACCCAAAUGAUCAGAAGCCGGAGGAUUGGGAUGAGAGAGCGAAGAUCCCUGACCCAGAUGCUGUUAAGCCAGACGACUGGGAUGAGGAUGCUCCUGCUAAGAUUCCAGAUGAGGACGCUGUGAAGCCAGAAGGCUGGUUAGAUGAUGAGCCAGAGUAUGUUGCUGACCCUGAUGCAGAGAAACCAGAGGAUUGGGAUGAAGAUAUGGAUGGAGAAUGGGAGGCACCUCAGAUUGCAAAUCCCAAGUGUGAGUCCGCCCCUGGCUGUGGCGCCUGGCAACGACCCACAAUUGACAAUCCCAACUAUAAAGGCAAAUGGAAGCCUCCCAUGAUUGAUAACCCUAACUACCAGGGCAUCUGGAAGCCAAGGAAGAUUCCAAAUCCAGAUUUCUUUGAAGACUUGGUACCUUUCAAAAUGUCCCCCUUUAAUGCUGUGGGAUUGGAGCUAUGGUCUAUGACCUCUGACAUAUUCUUUGAUAACUUCAUCAUCUGUACAGACCGGGCAGUGGCAGAUGACUGGGGUAAUGAUGGAUGGGGUCUGAAGAAGGCAGCUGAUGGUGCUGCUGAGCCUGGUGUUGUGAGUCAGAUGAUAACGGCUGCUGAGGAGCGUCCCUGGCUUUGGGUAGUCUACAUCCUGACUGUGGGUCUGCCUGUGUUUCUCAUUGUCCUCUUCUGCUGCUCCGGAAAGAAACAACCAAGUGCUGCAGAGUACAAAAAGACAGAUGCUCCUCAGCCUGAUGUAAAUGAGGAAGAGAAGGUGGAAGAAAAAGACAAGGGAGAAGCAGAGGAUGAAGAGGAAGAAACAAAUGAAGAAAAGUCAGAAGAGAAGCAGAGGAGCGAUGGUGAUGCAGAAACUGGUAGUCAAGAGGAAGAGGAGGAAGAGGAAGAGGAGGAAGAUAGCAAACCAAUUACAGAGGAGGAAGAAACUGUGAAUAGGUCCCCCAGAAACAGAAAACCAAGAAGAGAUUGAAAUAUCCUAAGAACUUGAUCUGAAUAUUUUUCCCCAACAUGGUUUUGGGAGAAGGACCUUGGAUACCUUUUGCUGAAACUUAAAAAAACCUCAAGACUUCACCAUCCACAGGUUCCUGUCAAAUGCUCUCCAGUGUAAAUUGAGUGUUUAGCAGUCAAAUAUUUGCAAUUGUGUUUUAAAAUAGAAUAUUCCUGUAGAAAGAGAAUGCAUUUAACACAAUCGAGCUAUGAAUUUCUGGAAUGUUACAAGAACUAACAUUUUCUUUGUUUUUAAAUAGAAUGAUAGAAUUGCCAGUCUCAACCUUGGCUUAAAUUAAUGUAUUAAUCUGUCAAUGGAAAUGAACAGCAAACCUUAGAAAAAUGCUAGAUACACAGUUUUUAUAACUCUUUUCUUUUUCUUUUUUUGCAAACUUGUUUUACAAACAUGGACAUUCUUAUAAAAUGCUUACUUCCCUUAGUUUGAUCAUGUUAAAGUAAAGUGGUCAAUGCCAUUACAUUAAUGUUUCCACUUCCACCAGAGAUAGGAUAAAGUGAAAUCCACUGAAAGAAACUAUAUCAAGCGCUAAAACUUUUCUUCUCAUCAGGAGGAAAGCUAUAACGAGGCCAUGAAAUAUGUAUAUUGGUCAUGGGUACUGGCCAGUUAAAACAGUAUUCACAAUCAGCCUGAAUUUUGGAGCAAAUUCUGGUUUAGGGUACUAAGACUGAGACUGGAUUAUCUUGUUGCUUUAAGCCUUGAAUUCUUCUCAAUAUGGAUUUUGUUUUCAUUGUGUUUGGGUUUAUUAAUUCUCCCUCCCUCCCCCAUUUUUUAAAACUCCUUCCUGUUCCAGCUUCUUCUGCUACUAUGCAGUUUGUUCAGAAUGCAGUUUAGCUGCUACAGAUACAUAUGCUCAGCUCACUGUUAAGUCUGUUGUGUGUGUGGGUUAUUUUUUAAUCACAAAAGGUAGAAUGGUAUCUUUCUGGGGCCAAACACUGUAGACAGGACAGUGUUGCUAACUUUCUCAUUGUUGCCAUUGUAUGUACAUUAAUGCACAGAGAUGAGGCGUAGGCAAGCUGAUCUAAAAAUAAAUCUUGCAACAAAAGCAGAUGUCAGUAUUUGUGGCUGAGGAAGGAGCAUGUGAAAACGUACUGGGCAUAUGUAACAUUUUGAAUCUCAAUCUGAUCUUCAUGUAUCAAAAUAUAUUGUGAAUGCAGGGGGUUCCAAUUCCAGCUGAAUAUUUUUUUUAAAAAAAUGUGUUGCGUCGAGUAUCUAGCCAUUUAAACUCCUUUUUGAAUACACUAUCAGAGUGUAUUCCUCCAAGGAUAAACGUAACCCUUUAAUGUUGUAAUCAAAAGCAUGGAUGCAAGGGGAGAGAGUAAAUGUUUUGCCACCUGUUGUCCUCUGUUUAAACAUAUGGGCAAAACUGUUGUACGUGCACUGAAUAGAAGCACUUGAGGUUUUUACUUGUGGAUAAGAAAUUUUCAGAGUAACUAAAAGAGCUUUUGCUGCCUGCAAAGUAUGAUUGUCCUGUUCAAAUUUUUGACCAUAAAUGCCCUGCAGAACCUUUUGGCUUGGUAAGUGCAUAGCUUAUUCAGAGGAGCUUAAAAAUCUGCUUGUGGACCAUUUUCCUUUUAGAAAUCAGAUUUUUUUCACCUUGUAAAACUUUCCUAGUUAUGUGAUCUUUCCACAGUGCUGCUGCUGUCUUCAUUGGAAGCUUGCAUGCAUUGCUUGCUUCAUUAGCUCCGUUUAGUUGUUAGGCAGCAGAUUAAAAAUGAAACUCUUGUCCAUAGCUGCUUGUCAUCUAUUUUCCUACAAAUAAUUGACUUGCAGUUGCCAUUUAACACCUCAGUUUGUACUAAUUGUAAUGUACUUGAAUUAAUGCUAUCUGUCUUGUGAACAAGCUAUUUUAUCCCCCCCCCCCCCCCCGGUUGAACAUAUGAUGCUCUUUCUCCAGAGUCCUGAGAGAAAUGAAGUUCUAAUUUCCUUUUCAGGUGAAGGUGAUGUUUAAUUUAAAGUUAAAGGUAAUAUAUUUGACAUCACAGGACCUCUUCAGAAUGCUCUCCUGUUUGCAUGUUUUGGCUUUUUUUAUGUCAUUGAAAUUCGAGAAGGCACUACAAUAUCAUUUUAUAAUCUGUUGCUUGAAAUGUACUACUUAAAAAAACCAUAAACCUUGAGUCCAGUGUGUAAUUGUGAACCAAUAUUAAGGAAUGCUCCACACUGGGAGAGGACUGUCACACCAGCUAUUUCAGAAUAAAGCAAGAGUUCAUAUAUUAUGAAGCCAGUUGUAGUUUCCAAAUAACUGACUAUCUGUGACUUGGUGGUGAUUAGGAAUUUUGUUAAGUUUGAAGAAAACACAUUCUCUUGUAGGAAAUCCUUUAUACUGACAGAUGAGUUGAUAGUGGGAAAGAAGCACACUCCUAAACUUCAUUAGUUAUGUAAGGAAAAUGUUCCCUUUCAAAGAAGAGAACUUAAAGAUAUUAGACUAUUUAAUUGAUUUUUACUCUGUUUGGAAAAUAAAGUGCACUUGAGCAAUUUCAAAUCCAUCUCUGUUAGGGCGCUGGGUAAAAGUUAGUUGCUUUUAAACAAUGCUGUUCAAUAAACAAGUAGUCUUUCAUGUGAUACUUAAACUGCAAACUAGCAUAAAUUGAAAAUGCUGAUGUAAAGUGCACUGAUCGUCUCAUAUGUGGAUGUUAUGGACAGGGAAGUCCCAUGAAAUCAGCCAUGAAUGGGGAAAGGUAUCUUGGAUCAACGUUUGGCUCCAGUUAAUCUGUGGCAGUAAAUAUGGUGCUAAAGACUAAUUUCUUGGCACCCUUCUGCCUUUUCUCCACUAUAUAGUUUUCUAAAUGCCAGUAUUGCCUACAUGCGAGUUUCAGAUGCAAACCCCUCAAGUGUUGGUAAAAACAAGACUGUGAUUUUCUCACAAAAGUCCUGACUGUUAUAAAAAAUAAUAAACCUGAAGAUGCAGUAUGCAUAUAAAUAUUGGUUAAGUUAUAAACAAAUGUAAGUUUACUCUGAUUAAUAAAGAAACGUAAAUCACUA